CGAUUAAGUGACUUGCUUUCUUUUUUUAUGUGACUAAAAUCGCAUACCAUCAAACACACCACACAACACCAUGCUGCCCUGAGCAUCAAAAUCCAAGAUCUAGUGUGGCAGGCUACCUAGGUCACACGUAGAUUCCGAAACCAGAAAACUACAAUACCAUCCACUAGUUUUUGGGACAUAACUGGAUUGUGCAUCACGCAGUCAGUCACCCCGGAGGCACCUCCCGCCAUGGAAUAUUCCGAGACAGGAAAGCUCCCGGACUCCGACCCCGCCAUGGAGCUAUUCACACUCCUCCGGGCCUCCACGCCCGGGACCGGCGCUCGCCUCGGCCGCCUCUCCCUUCCCGGUCGCAAUCCCGUCGAUACCCCAAACUUCUUCUCGGGCACCUCUCGUGGCGUCGUGCCCCACCUGACCCCGGACAACCUGCGUCGCCAUGCCGACAUGGUCCGCGGCGCCUACAUGGCCUUUGAGGAUUUCAUAGAACGGAACCAAAGGGACCCGACCCGUGUCGCGCCGCUGCUGCAGACUACCGACAAGAUGAAGACGGUACGGGCUCCGCUGCACGCCUUCACCGCCCUACCCGAUCCCAUCCCCACUGUGCUCGGCGCCCGCCGUAUGCCCCCUGCCGCCUGCAGCCUCGGGAACAUGGCCGACUCGGUGUCAGUCUUCACCUCAACAGGCGUGCAGACCCUCACCACGGCUCAGUACGCCGACGCGAUUGUCAACCUGAGGCCUGACGUCGUGAUCCCCAUGGCGGACCUCACGUUUACUACUGGCACUCCCAGCUCCAAGCGGGCGGUGCGCAUGGCCGACAGGACUGAGGACUGGAUGAUCAAACUCCGGAAACAGCUGGACGGCGGUUCCAAGUCGAAUGAGACAGCCAUAUUCGCACCAACUCUUCCGAUUCCACAUCCUAUUCAAUGGGAGUAUCUCCGCUGUCUGAACGAGGACAUGGUAGGCUUCAUCAAGGGCUUGGCUGUCUACGACAUUGACAUCCUUCCAGACCUGGCCGGCUACGACAACCUCAACCAACUCCCCCGGUUAUCCCUCGACCUGCCCAGCACACCACACCAGAUCCUGCGGCAGAUCUCCCUAGGAGCCGACGUCAUCCUCCUCCCAUUCAUCAACGCCUUUUCCGAAGCUGGCGUCGCCUUCACCUUCACCCUCCCCACAUCACAAAACCCAUCACCACCAGCAAAACCAUCCACCCUCCUCCCGCUAGGCGUCGACCUAUCCUCCCCGACCUACAACACCUCCCUCUCCCCUCUCUCUGACGGAUGCACCUGCCCGGCCUGUACGAGCCACCACCGCGCCUACGUGCACCACCUCCUCUCCGCCCGCGAGAUGCUCGCCUGGACGCUGCUGCAGGUGCACAACCACCACGUCGUCGCGUCCCUGUUUGCCGCAGCCCGCGCCUCUUUGGUGGCAGGCACAUUUGAGGCAGACGCGGAGCGCUUCGCCGCUUCUUACGAAGCAGACCUCCCCAUCGGAGGCGGUGAGAGGCCCCGCGCCAGGGGCUAUAACAACGGCAAGGGCCGCGGGCCAGGAGAGGCUCCGCCGCCGAGGCUCAACCGGCCCGCCUGGGGGAAGCUGGGUGAGGUGAAUAGCGUUCAGGCUGCCGCUGCCGCUGCUGUUCCUGCUCCAAUGGAUUUGCCAUGAAACGAUGGCUCGGAAGAGUUAUUUCAGGGCAUGUUGUGGCGCUGGAUCGGGGGCUUUUGUUGCUUCUGAGGGUUUGUGGCGUCGACAAAAAAAGACUGAAACACAAAUGCUUUCUUUUUGAUCUUGGUGCAAACCCAUAAAGACAGACCCGAACAGAAGAAGACCUAAAGUGAGACAAUAGAAGGAAAGGUAGAGGACAGGAUGCUGAGUGCAUCUUUGUCACUAUACGAUUCGAUUGCCCCUAUGGCUUGCCUGGGGUGGGUAUGAUUUUUGAAGUUCAUCCAGAGAUCAAAACAAAGAAUAUAAUAGGUAUUAGUUGUAGCACUGGUUGAAGUAGACAUACAAUGGAUUAGAAUAAGCUAGGUACAUGGAGUCUUUCGUAGUCUUUAGUCUGUUUAUGUUUAAGAAAAAGUAAAGCAUUCGGGCUUCAAAAACUCCUCUCGCAUCUCAUCUAAGAAAAUAACACGAAUUAAUCCCACCUGAUAAAAACGAG